AUGACGAGCGUCGACGAGCUCUUCAGGAAGCCCAACUUGCCGACGGGCUCACACAAACGGAAGCUUGAAGUACCAGACGCAGACGCAGCCUACAAAGCGACAAAACUUACGUCGACUUCUUCACCCAAUGGCAACGGCAACCACGCUUCAGUGGAGGACGAGGAGGACGAUGAUCAGGAAGCCGGGCCCGAACUACCUCCAGACGACGAUGGCGAUGAUGAGGAGGGGCGUUUCUUUGGUACUGGAAUGAGCAACGAUACUUCCGAAGCUCUCAACUACAUCGACGAGCAGGAUGGGGAGGAAGUCUACCAGGAAGAGAAGAUUGACUCGGCAUGGUUGAGGAGGUUAUGCACCAGUUUUGAGAAGAAAGUGAAGAAGAACGCAGAACUACGCGCACGCUAUGAGGCUGAACCCGCAAAGUUCAUAGAUUCGGAAGCAGAUCUAGAUGCUGAGAUCAAGAGCUGGAGUCUGCUGAGCGAGCAUCCCGAGCUGUACGGCGAAUUCGCGGAAGCAGAGUCGGCAGUCACAAGCUUGGUCGGGCUUCUGGCGCAUGAGAAUACGGAUAUUGCGAUUGGCGCGAUCGAGAUCGUUGCCGAGCUGCUGGACGAAGAUGUACAGGCGGAGCAAGAGCAGUGGGAUGCGCUGGUGAUUGCGCUACUCGAAGCGGAUCUGUUGGAUUUGCUGAUGAGAAAUCUUGCGAGACUCGAUGAAGAGAAUGAGACAGAUCGCAGUGGAGUCUAUCACAGUCUGGCCGUGCUUGAGAAUCUUGGAGGACAGCAAGCUGUAGCCGAGAGGAUCGGGCAGGAGAAAGUAUUGAACUGGCUAUGUGAGCGGAUAGGGAAGCCGGAGAAGCCUCUUGGGCAGAACAAGCAGUAUGCAGCAGAAGUGCUGCAAGUUCUGCUUCAAUCGAGCUCCAUACUGCGAAAACGACUUGCGGUCGACAUUGACGGUGUGGAUCUCUUCCUACAAGUACUGGCUGCGUACCGGAAACGCGACCCUGCCAAGGACAGCCACGAAGAAGAAUACGUGGAAAAUGUCUUCGAUGCGCUGACUUGCGUCGUGGAUGAAGCGGAAGGCAAGGCGAAAUUUGUGGCAGCGGAAGGUGUGGAACUUAUGCUCAUCAUGCUCAAAGAAGGCACGAAAAACAUAUCCCAGCGAGCACUGCGUGUACUGGACCACGCAGUAGGUGGGCAGGGUACUGAGGCCACAGCUGUCUGCGAGACAAUUAUCCAGGCCGCUGGGCUGAAGACAUUGUUCAGUCGGUUCAUGAAGAAGAGCGAUCACAGCACGGUUGAGCACUUACUUGGCAUAUUCUCGGCACUGCUUCGACUUUUGCCUGGGGAGUCGGCACCACGAAUACGCACGCUUGCGAAGUUUUCCGAGAAGGACUACGAGAAGAUUACGAAGCUACUCAAGCUACGAACAGACUAUGCGGCCAAGGUUGCAGCUGUCGAUUCAGUGAUCAAAGAAGAGCGCAAAGGUCUCGAUGCCGAGGAAGUCGAAGAUCGAGAAGCGGAGUGGUUCUCGAGACGUCUUGAGGGCGGACUAUUCUGCCUACAGAUGGUCAGCGUUGCGUUGGCAUGGCUGAUAGCAGAGGAUACGGAGAUUAGGCGCAGAGUCUCAGCAGAACUGGGUGAUCUGACCACUAUCCGCGAAUCACUGGAGGCGCAGAAGGCUGGCCUUGAGGUCGAGGACGAAGACACCAAGGAGAUGCUGGAGACGCUGAUCAGCUUCCUAUAG